AGCUCGAGGGUUUUUGUCAGUGGAGUUCAGAGAAGUGGGACUAGGGUAAGAAACAAAAGACAAAAUGUAUCUGACAGCCAGGACUCUGAAAUGGGAAAAAUUGGUUUUGGGACUCUCUGAGGCUCUGUUUUGUUCCAUGACUCUCCUGUUUUGGCUGUGUCACCUGUCUCUGUGGAUCUUAGCCCUGAAGACCACUACAAACUUCAGAAUCAGAAAGCAAGAAAAAUUGUUCAGAACCAAAGAGGUCAGAGUGAGGAUGAUGGCUUGGGAACUCCCAGGGUGGAGGAUGAUGCUGAUUGGAAUUAUAGACCUCCUCUGAGUCCGCUCUUUUCCUCUUUUUCUACAUCUGGAGGUUGCUAAAGAAGUGCUUUACAGGUCUACAGGAUCCACCUCACUUGGAGGCUAGAAAGAGAAGGAAUAAACUGCUUGGAUCUCUUCGGGUAUAUUUCAGUGCUCAUUGCCCUGAUUGCCGUGUGUCUGCAGUUGCAGCAGUCUGCCAGCAACAGCUGAAGACUCCAUCCCUUACACAGGAGUAUCCUGGGCAGGAGCAAAUCUGCUCUGUGCCAAGUUAAGGGAUUUACUCUAUCAUGGGCCGCACUAGAGAGGCUGGCUGUGUAGCUGCUGGUAUGGUCAUUGGGGCUGGUGCCUGCUACUGCGUAUACAGACUGACCUGGGGAAAAGAUGAGAAUGAGAAAAUCUGGGAUGAUGAUGAGGAGUCUAGUGAUCGAUCAGAAAUUGGGGUACAGACUGAGAAAGGAGCUAAGACUAACGUUGAUGUGAAGGCUGGAGCCAAACCUCAGAGUGACACUAAGGCCAAGGCUGAAGUGACUUUGGGACUUGAGAGUGGUAUAAAGAAGGACAUCCACUGUAGAGCUCAGAGUGGAGGUGCCCUAGAAGCUAAGGCCAAGGCCCUUUUCAACAUUUUGAAGGAACAGGCUAGUGCAAAAAUUGGCAAAGGGGCCAGGGUUGGUAACAUUUCUGGGAAUAGGACACUUGCAUCAAGUUUGCCCUGCCCAGGAGGCAGAGGUGGAGGCUGCCACCCCACUAAGAGUGGCGCUAGGGCCGGGAGCAGGGCAAAUGGAAAAUCCAAGGGAAAAGCUCGAAGUAAGAACACCAAGACAACACCUACAACAUGGCCUGUCCGCAGGGGCAAAUUCAACUUUCCCUAUAAAAUUGAUGAUAUUCUAAGUACUCCUGAUCUUCAAAAGGUCCUUAACAUCCUAGAAAGAACAAGUGAUCCUUUUAUUCAAGAAGUAGCUUUGGUCACUCUGGGUAACAAUGCAGCCUAUUCAUUUAAUCAAAAUGCUAUACGUGAAUUGGGUGGUGUCCCAGUUAUUGCAAAACUGAUAAAAACGAAAGACCCCAUUAUUAGGGAAAAGACUUACAAUGCCCUUAAUAACUUGAGUGUGAAUGCUGAAAAUCAGGGCAAGAUUAAGACAUAUAUUUGUCAAGUGUGUGAUGAUACCAUGAUAUGUCGCUUGGACUCAGCUGUGCAGAUGGCUGGACUAAGACUGUUAACCAACAUGACUGUGACCAAUCAUUAUCAACAUUUGCUUUCCUAUUCUUUUCCAGAUUUUUUUGCUUUAUUGUUUCUGGGAAAUCACUUCACCAAGAUACAGACAAUGAAACUAAUUAUAAACUUUACUGAAAACCCAGCCAUGACAAGAGAGUUGGUCAGUUGUAAAGUACCGUCAGAGUUGAUUUCCCUCUUUAAUAAAGAAUGGGAUAGAGAGAUUCUUCUUAAUAUUCUUACCCUUUUUGAGAAUAUAAAUGACAACAUAAAAAGUGAAGGGCUUGCAUCAUCCAGGAAAGAAUUCAGCAGAAGCUCACUCUUUUUCUUAUUUAAAGAAUCAGGAGUAUGUGUUAAGAAAAUCAGAGCAUUAGCAAGUCACAAUGACCUGGUGGUGAAAGUAAAAGUCCUGAAAGUAUUAACUAAACUCUAAUUUAUGUCCCAAAAAACAGUGAUAUAAAUUUGUAGUUCUCACUUGGGAACAAUGUGUUUUCUAAAUUUUUUGUUUUUCACUCUGCUUUUAUGGCAAAGAGAUUAUUUUAGCUGCUAUUUUGAAAUAAUAUAUAUCAUAGAUUAUUAAUAGCCACUAAUUUUGGGUUCAUACUGGAUUAUUUAAAGGAUACCAAGUUAAUAUUAGAGCUUGCACAAAAUAUUUAUUAAUUUUCUCUUACUCCCUGGAUUGAGAUUUUUGCUUUAUAUAUACUGACAGUGAAGUAAUUAAUUGUACAUUAUGAAUAAGAUAUACUCUUUUUGUAUUGUUUUAUAUUUGUUAGUCUAAGACUCCUGUUUUAUCAAUAAAGUUCUGUGUUUUGAGCAGAAGACAAA